UGCACGAAGCGGUGGCAGCAGCAGGGGCAGGUGUAAGCUCGGCGGCCGUUUUGCCCCCGGUCCCGGCCGUCACUCGGGGGUUCGCGGGGCCUGCGGUGACCCUCGGCUCAAGACGCUGGGCGGCCAGCGACAACGGGUCCAUGGCCCCAGUGGCUGCUCCGUCUUUCCUGGCCGUCAGGGCCACGAGCCUGACCGCAAACCCCACCUCGUACGGGGUCUUCUGCAAGGGGCUCUCCCGCACCCUACUCGCCUUCUUCGAGCUGGCCUGGCAGCUACGUAUGAACUUCCCGUACUUCUACAUCGCGGGCUCGGUGAUCCUCAACAUCCGCUUGCAGGUACACAUUUAGAGCCGUGACUAACUCGCCGGUCUCCAGGGCCAGCAUGAUGGCCGACUCCCAGACAGCCUCGCGGCGGAGCGGAGCUGCGGACGACAAGCCCUGCAGUCUCGCGAGAGUGCCCGGGCGCCCUCCGCGGCUGCGCUCUUCGCUGCUAGCCGAGCCCCCCGGAGGGUGGCGGAAAUCCUGCAGCUACCAGAAAGGGGAAAUGCGCGGCUCCGGGAGCGGAGAACUUAGUGAAGACCAGCGGAAGAUUUAAGAAACUAUGCGUCCUUAAAACAAACAGCGGACGAAUUUCAGGAUGUGACAAAGAGUACAGGAUGCAUUGUUUAAAAGGAAAAGACAGGAAGGCCAAAAUUUUCUGAAAAAAAUCGGUAAACUUUGGGAAUAUUGGAUUGAAUUGUAAGCAAGACUGGAAUAAGAGAAGCUUAAGGUAUUAAGGAUAUGAUAUGGAAGGCAUAUAUUUCUUCAUCCCACAAGAAAAAACAACGAUAGUCAGAAACUCUCAGUGAAAAAACCCAAAACUGUACAGGAAAAGCAUCCUCCAAAUACCAAACAGAGAAUGCUGCAGGAUUUUGAACAGAUGGUAGGAGUACAAGAAAAUGAACUGUAUUUCAAUGUUCCUGUGAGCAACACGUGGAUCAAGACCUUGGAGCUGAAGAAAAGGAAAACCUGUCCUAGCGCACAGCUUCGCUAGUCAGUGAAUAACAUACAAGUAAUAAUAAUGCAGAUGUUGUUUAUGAUUUUUAUCUUUUAAGGGAAUACUUAAUUAUGGUUACAAAGUAGAAUGCAAAUGUUAGCAUCCGAGUUUUAAAAAUACAGUCGGGAAUACAGUAGGAAUGUUGAGGGAGAGAAGGGAAGGUAAAUUGAAUGGUUAUAGUGUCCUUAGAAAGUGGAAAAUUGAGAGAUACAGACUGUUGUUGAGGGAGAAAAGACAUUUUAUUACUUGCAGGGCAACAUUAAUGUUUACUAGAAUAAUAAUAUAACUAUAUUAAAGAGGGAGGGUGGUAGGGAAGAACAGCAUGAAGUCAACAGGUAUGCCUAAAGAUGGAGAUUUCAGAUGGGAUAUCUCAAAAAGAAAAAUUGAUUAACUGGUGUAUUUGAAUAUGUACCAGAGAUUUUUCAUUUUUCAGAAAGCCUGGGGAUGAAUUAGUUAUCUGUAGAUUUUUCAAAACUUUGAAAAUACGGAGUUAAUUAUGAACCCCAGGAAAGAUAAAAAUUUAAAAACUACAGUGCAUACCUUAACUAUGAGUAUUAGUCAUGUAAGUCAGUUGUAAUUAUGUAAAUACUGAAUACUGAUUUAACAAGAAAUGAUUAUAUAACAUUGGGAGGGUGAGCGAAAAGAGACAGGUGUGUGUGUUAUGAUGGAGGGUCAAUCAUACCUAAUAUAGAAAAGUAAAAAAAAAACAGUACAAACGUUUUAAAAAAAUAAAUAAAUGAAAAACAGCUAAGAGUCAAAAGUGAUUGUCUCUGGAGAAAGGAAAUCAGGGGUGAGUAGAGAAAAGGCUUACUGUUUUUAACUACCAGUCUAACAGUAUUUUGAUUUCUUUUGACCUAUGUAUUUGCUUUCCUUUCACUAAAAACUAAUUUAAAUAAAUUUCAUUUUUAAAAGUUCUCCAGGUGAUACAAAUGUGCACCACUGGGUAAGAGCCACCAAAGUAAAAUGGGAUUGAAUUUUCAAAUCAAACCAGACCUCUGUUAAAAUAAAAACUCUAGUUUUGUG